GAGAGGAGCACCGAGCGGACUGACCAGAGUAAUCCCCAGUCAGUCUGCCUGGUGGUAUUAAUCAUACAUCGUCAAGUGACAAAAAGUAAUUGUUUAAUGUUUUUCUGACGAUUAAUUGCACCGAUACGAUUAUGCGCAAUCCUAAUAUGAAUAACUUUUCAUUUGCUUACAUUUGUGUGGUCUUUUUUAAAUCAGAAGCAUUGUUUUAACUUGAUUCUAUUAAUACACAUAACCUCACGGCUUGGUGGCUAAGGUCAGAGAGUCCAUUUAACAGCAAGGCACGUGGAUUCAAGGCGUGAGAAAAAAAGUCUGGUUUUCACCUUUGCUCGUCUGAGUGCCAGGCUGUGAUCCUGAUGUGUAUGGGCAGCUGAUGGGGGAGUUUCCAUCCCUCGGUGUAUAAAAAGAGGCCCUACCUUGAGCGUGAGAACGACUCUGCCUCUAACCUUCUGUCUUCCAUGAUGAAUGCAUUGCACACUCUCCUCCUCUUGGCUGUAGGCCUUUCUGUGGCUCACUCUUUGGACUACAAGGCGCUCAACCAGUUUAGAAGGAUGAUCCUGUGUAUGAUGCCUGAUAGCUGGCCUGCGCUCGACUACUCUGACUAUGGCUGCUACUGUGGCUAUGGAGGUUCUGGCACACCAGUUGAUGAUCUGGACAGGUGCUGCCAGGUUCAUGAUCAGUGCUACAGUGACGCCAUGCAGCAUCCAAAAUGCUGGCCCAUCCUGGACAACCCUUACACUGAGUUCUAUGACUACACCUGCGAUGCUGCUAGCAAAAUUAUCACCUGCACACACAAAAACAAUGAAUGUGAGAUGUUCAUCUGUGAGUGCGACAGGAAGGCUGCAGAGUGCUUUAGCAGGUCAGAAUGGAUCCCUGAGCACGAGCACCUGCCAAGUGACCGCUGUCAUUAAGCAUUUCAACUGUAUCAAAUAAAGAAUCUCUGCAUCAAUAAGUUACAUUUAUUUGUUUAGCUUUCAACAGUAACAGGUUGGUGUCAAUUGACAUUUUUGCCCUAUUCUGCAUAUUUACACUAAUCUUGCUGAAUUGUUUAAAUAAGUGUUUUUAUGUCUAUGUUUCCUUUUUCUCUCAUGCUGAAAUUAUUGGUUGAGUUUGCAACUGCUGGUUAGUUAUCAAUGGAUGGCACUGUUCAUUACCUGUUGCUUUAGCUAAGAUGAGUAAAGAAGCCAUUUGUUCAGGUAAAUUAUCAUUUGUUUUUCUGUGUAUUUUCUAUAACCUUGUCCAAUAAAUAAAAUAUUUUCUCAGGAAGAAAAAAAAAAA